GCAGCCAGUGUGUCCUGGACCGUGGUGGUGAUCAGUAGUCAACUUGUCCUGCCCGAGCCCCCCUCUGGAUAUAUAUAUAGUUGAUCGUCGUGUUGGGUCAGAGUCGUGUGGGUGAUCUAGGCUCGUUACGAGUCAGAGUGGUGAUUCAGUGUGGUUCUGUAGUUUGUCCAGAGCGUCUCAGAGUGAUAACCCGUGGGUUGUAAAUAUGAUUUGUGAGGCGAAGUUGUGAAUUGAUUAGCAAGUGGAGCGCCUGGUGGUGUGGGUCGUGGACUGACUUCAUCUAUUGUGAAAUUGGUCACACUUGAUAUCGUGACCUGUGAAACCCGACUUGAUAUCGUAAAAAAAAAAAUCUGCAUUAAAAGUGUCCAUUUGAAGCCCAAUCAGUGACUCGAAGGCGCAUUUAUGGUGCAAAACAGAAGCUACAAAACCCACCUCCUCCGUCACGCGUUUUCAAAAUCCGAGUUCUUUGGUCGAGGGGCGGGAAAGUGAAUGACAAGUCUAACCUCAGGAAAUCUCACCCGUGUAGCACGAGACUUGCACUUAAGUGUCGCUCAAGUUGCACAUACUGGUGUGAUAAACCUUUCCAGGUGAACUCACCCUUCGUCACCCCUACGCCAGCAUCUCUCCUCCACGGCUCUCUUAGAUCGACUGAUCAGAGCAGAGCGGUUCGAGUGCCUCUCGCCAGACUCCACAGACAAGGUCUCAGAGCGAAGGGAGAACUAAUUUACAAAUUCUGAGGCGGUGUCAAGGUCUUCUCUGGCGAUCUUCAAGUAAAUAUAUAUGUGGCUCACGACGGAGCUGAUUGAGUCAUCUACACGAUCCACUACCGCAGUUUAUGAAGUAAAUCAAAUUAAAUCAACUUCCCAUUAAGAAAAAUAUAUGAUUUGAGCUUCAUUCAAUAGUACGACGCGUCUAUUUAAAUAAUCUAUUCACAAAAUCACUGCACUGCCUCAGGUUCUGGAAAUAAUACCCAGAUUAUCUACCAUCUUGGGGCAUCUAUUGCUAGCUUCACCGGCGUCUUAAAUCUCUAAGAGCUUUGGCAUAUCAAAGCGCUGAGAAGGUUACAGAAGACCUGGAGCGUCAAGGCGGAAACUUUAUGCAUUAUAAACACACCAAGAACAAAACACGUAUUUCUUGUGAGUUUAGAUAUGGCCCCAUAAGAGCCCUUCAAAGUCUUGAGACCAAUACCCUAAGGUGUUGUUUUAGAAUCAGAAGCAGGAACUAAUUCCGUGACGCGAGCGGAGCAAAGUGUCAGGCUGUAGCUGCCUCUUUGUCACAGACGGUCACACACGGUUCCAAAAGGGGGGAAAUUUUAAUUUCAGAGUUAAGAAGAGCGCCGAAAGGAAGUGCUCUUAAGGAAAGAAAGCUGGCGAAAGUGCCCAAAUUGGACGGCAGUGCUAGGGCCGCCAAAGUGGCGACUGUGGUGAUCCGCAGCAUGGGGGAGAUAGCCAUCAGCGGUGAGGUGAGUUCGGAGUACAUCCCGCAGCUGGAGGCUCACGAGGAAGGAAUCGACCUGAAAGAUGCUCAGGCGAAGGAGCAAGCCUCGAUGUGUCAGAUGUCACCUCCUUGUGACACCAUGACACCCAGGAGCCUGAGAAGGAUGAGUGACGUCGCGACGACAUCCUCCUUUCCUUCAGGAUGUCGACCAAACUCUCUUCGCGUCUUCAAGAGGAGCUUCAGUGAAACCUCUUGGUCAGAGCCACGUCGAAGGGUCAAAUCCAGCCUAUCUACAUCCUCAGACUCAAUCUUAUACACACCAGAGUUCCUCCACCCAUCACCGAGGCAUCAGGCAUCCCACACUUCUCUAAAACCGCCCACAGCCCACGUCCCCGAGCAAGGGAAACGCAAAAUCACCAGAAUUCCCUUAGAAGACGCUCCUCAGGACCUGUCUAAACACCGACGACUCCCGUCUCCCCUCGACUAUCCUGCAGAACUACAGUUGAAUCUGAGAUCGAGUGCGGAAGGCGGUGUACAGGGCGUGAUGGAGCGCGUCGAGCUCCGAGGGAGGGAGAGGAGAAAGAGCCAACCAGGACGAAGAGAGAAUAUAAUAGAGGAUAGCCACGACGAGGCGAGAGGCAUCAAGAGGGAACACGAGGCCUCUACUGGCGACGGCCUCUCUGAGGUCGACGACUCCACGGUACUAGAUGUGCUUCAACACCACAUUAUGGUGGCCGAGACUGUGAAGUCCUACCCCGUCAACUACCCGGCGCUCAUACCCCUGUCGCCCUCAGUGGCCGGCCUGGGGCCCUACAACCCCUGCCCCUCUGCCCUCCUUCACGCUAACUACUCCCCAACGCACAUCAUGGACCAGAAGCCACCGUCACAGCAGCAGCAGCAACAGCAGCAGCAGCAGGCAUGUCAAGGCUCUCAGCUGGGAAGUCCACAACAUGGCCAGGACACUCCAGUAGGCCUUGGCGCUCCGGGACUAACUCUUCCAUCAACUUUGGAUUUGGCGCAGAUGCGCAAGAAGGAAAUUUUCGCGCAGCGGAAGCAGCGAGAGUUUAUCCCCGACAGUAAGAAAGACGACUCUUACUGGGAUCGUCGCCGGCGCAACAACGAGGCUGCCAAGAGGUCCAGGGAGAAGAGACGCUUUAAUGACAUGAUCUUGGAGCAGAGAGUUAUCGAACUGUCCAAGGAGAACCAUAUUCUGAAGGCUCAGCUGACGGCCAUCAAGGACAAAUAUGGCAUCCUGGGAGAAAACCUGGUGAAUACCGAUCAGGUGCUGGCAAACAUGCCCCAAUCAGAGCAGAUCCUGGCACUCAACAAGCGGACAAAGUUCUCUCAGGCACUCAUCACUCUUAACGGCACUCCUUCACUCCUCAGCCCCGGAGGAUCCUGCGACGGCAGUCCUGCAACUCCCAGCUAUCACAGCCAGCAGGAUCCAGAGUCUCCUCCAGCACACUACUCUCACUACAACCCCUCCCAGAUGGAUGAAGAGGAGAACACGUACGAUACCUCAUCCAACCAGCAGUUUCCAUCCUCCACGAACAGUAAUCUCUACUACGGACAGUCGGCGCUGAACCUCUCUUCACGCGCCUCGCCGCCCUCGCCCACCACCUCCCAUAUGGACUUCUCCCCCAGCGACCCGGAGCUGAGUCGCCGCUCGCCCGAAGCUGGCAUGUCUCUGCCUCACAAGCUGAGACACAAGAGUCACCUGGGAGACAAGGACGCAGCUCAGUCUCUCCUGGCUCUCCAGGCUAUCAAAGCCGAGCCUAGCGAGCACCAACAGGAAGCUGCCGAGGAUUCUGUAGGAUCUUCCGAUGAACGAGACUCCGCCAUCGGCUAUUCUUCCUCCUCCUCUUGUUCGGAAUACAACCGGACAUCCGAUAAUAACUCCACCCCACCUAAUGCCUGUUCUCUGCCCGACAGCAGCAGCCAACAGCAGCUCAACCUGGCACAUUAUCACCAACAACAGCUGCACCACCACCAUCACCACCUCCUUCAACAACAGCAUCAACAACAGCACCAUCAGCAGCAACAGCAGCAGGUGCAACAGCAGGGCGAAGGAGAGCAGGUGCUUGAGUUCGAGAACACACACCUUAGGUCCGAACUCGAGCGGCUGGCAACGGAAGUGGCCUCCCUCAAACACAUGCUUGUCCGCAGACCGCGCUCCGAGGCCGACUCCGACGGGUCUCGCUAACCCCCUCUGCUGCCACUUUGAUAUAUUCCGUGGCGGUGUGUGUGUGUGUGUGUCGUGACGGCGAGCCUGGCUGUGACAUGGGCUCCGUGCCUGUGUAUCUGGUGGGGGUUGAUGGGGGCCGUUCGUGUGAUAUUCAGACGAAGGUCUCCCCCGGUGGACUAAAUACCCCAGCUAUCAACAAUGACUACCAAUCAACGUGCACUCUCACUCAUGUGUGUGUGUGUGUGCGUGUGCGUGUGAGAGAGAUUGAGUCAGUGGGUGGGUGCACACGUGUGAGUGAGUGUUGCCGCAUUAAGGGCGUCUCUCUUCAUACUGUAAUUCUUGACUAAUGUUAAUGAAUCAUAAUAUUAUAUCUACACAAGUCAGGGGACCGCGCCUGUGUAUUUUCUCUUACCUACAGUCUGUACAUAAGUGCCAUUAGAUAAAAUAUAUGUUUUGUGAUCCUA